AUUGACUUUCAGGAGGCCUUCAGAACGGACCCGAUGCUGUGGCUGCACGAAGUAACUCACGAGGAUAUUCUAAGCUUUGUCCAGCACCGUUUGAGCUCGAGCGAGCUAUAUCCCAAGCUGGGAACAUCAGAUCAAAGGAAGCGCCUUGAGAUGGAGAUUGCAUACAAAUCUGAGGGUGUUUUCCUCUGGGUCAAACUCACCGUCCAGAGAGUCGAGCACAGAUUCUGAGUGGUGAUGCCCUAGAAGAUCUAAGAAAGCGCGUGGACUCGCUCCCCAACAAGUUGGAAGAUCUGUUUAUG